CCGGAUCACAGUCCCGGUUCGAUCCGAAUCGCUCUGGGUUUGAUCCGGAUCACAGUCCUGGUUUGAUCCGAAUCGCUCUGGGUUUGAUCCGGAUCACAGUCCCGGUUCGAUCCGGAUCCCCAUCUGCCUUUAAUCCGGAUUGAGGUCCCGCUUCGCUCUGGAUUCGCUCUGAAUUCGCUCCGCAUUCCGCUCCGCUUUGGCUGUUGAUUUGGGGUCGAUUCCCCUUUAAGAGGGGGGGGCGGACUAUUAUGGGAUGGCGGCUCGGCGGGGGCGGAGCCUGAGGGGCCGCCGGGACCGGGACGUGUGGAAGCCGAGGAGAUCCGUGUCCAUCUCCUCCCCUCAAGGUGUGGAAGCCGAGGAGAUCCAUCCACCAGGAAUGGAGCCCCACGGCGACACCGCCGAGGAGAAGGAGAAGGAGGAGGACGAGGAGGAGGAAGAAGAAGGGGUGACCAUCACAGCUGAGCUCCUCAAGGCCACCACGGGCGACUUCACCCUGGAGUCCAUCCUCCUCCUGAAGCUCCGCGCCCGCGGCAUCGUCCGCUUGGGCUCUUUGGGCCAUUGCACCAACCUGGAAUGGUUGGACCUCUCCAGGAACUCCAUUGUCCGCUUGGACCCUUUGGCCACCCUCAAGUCCCUCUCGGUCCUCAACGUGGCCCACAACCGCGUGGUCAACCUGGAACCCCUACGAUGGUGUCCCAACCUGCAGAGCCUCAACGUGGCCGGGAACCCCCUGAAGGACCUCCAGCAGCUUCGGUGCUUGAUGGGACUCCAACGCUUGGAGAACCUUCGCCUUCGUGACCCCACGGCGCCUCUGGAGAACCCUCUUUGCUCGGCGUCCACCUAUCGGUCCACCUUGGUGGAGAUGUUCCCCAACCUCAAAGCCAUCGAUGGAGAACGCAUCUCUGGACGUGGAGAAGAGCUCUUGGGGCUCUGGGAAGAUCUGGAGAGCUUCUCGGGAUCUUCUGGAGGAGAUGAGGUGGAACGUUGCGGUGGGGUUGAACCGUGGGUGGAAGCGGAGUUCUGGGAGCCGCGGCUGAGCCGGAGGAGGUCCAUCGUGGAAGAAGCCUACAGGCAGUUUGGAGAAGUGGUGGAGGAGUGCCGGGAGCUGAGCAGAAGCGCCGAGGACACCAUCGCGCGCGCCCGGAGGGCACUGAGCGGCUCCUCAGAGCCCAACUCCUACGUCUUCUGAGCUCCGGGAGAGGGGGAGAGUCACCACCAUCAUCAUCAGCGUCAGCGUCAUCGUCAUCUUGACCUGGGCCUGCCUGGAGGGACCAUGAGGGACCAUGAGGGACACUGAGGGACACUGAGGGACCACAAGGAACCAUGAGGAACCAUGAGGGACACUGAGGAACCAUGAGGGACCAUGAGGGACACUGAGGAACCAUGAGGAACCAUGAGGGACACUGAGGAACCAUGAGGGACACUGAGGAACCAUGAGGGACCAUGAGGGACACUGAGGAACCAUGAGGGACACUGAGGAACCAUGAGGGACCAUGAGGGACACUGAGGAACCAUGAGGGACACUGAGGAACCAUGAGGGACCAUGAGGGACACUGAGGAACCAUGAGGGACCAUGAGGGACCAUGAGGGACACUGAGGAACCGUGAGGGACACUGAGGAACCAUGAGGGACCAUG